AUGGGUCGACUCCAAUUUCUAUGGAUGCUGGCGGUUUUCGGAGUUCAGGUAUGUGGCAAACGGGUCUGGAAGCUCGGAGAAGAUUUGCAAAAGACUUUUACCACUGGGCGGAAUCGAACCCGUGACCUCUAGAUUACCGGUGUCGCGCUUGCUCAUUUUAGUAGUCUAAGAAGGUUUUUCCACUCAAACUGGCGACUUUUCAGAGAAUUGGCGCCCAAUUCUGCGAGGACUACAUCAGAUGCAUGGAACAGUUGGAAAUCAAGCAGCACGAGUGUCUGGCACUCGACAAAAAUGUUCGGUCGGUCGAAAAAACUGGAGAAAUGAGAACAAAUGAGAACCUCUUUGCAGACUUCGAAGUUCCGACGCGUGUAGCCGACAGAAAUGGGACAAAAAGUUGGAGUUGAACGCUCUUCACAUGCGGUACGGUAGUUUUGCCAAGGCGAAGGUGUUUGACCUAGAAAUAACCGAAUUUGCCCGAGAAAUGAAGCUGUUUCGGCCUAAAAUCUCUUGCUGAUAUUGUCGAUCAUCACUCUUUUGUGCCCUCUUUUUCAGAAGAGCCGAAGUGGCGCGGGAUUGUGUGCGGAAGAAUCAUUUGGACGCGACGAUUGCCGAGUCGACGCUCGACGAGGACGCGGUCAGUUUUCGUGGCCUAGUUGUUUUCUAGGCCAUUGUAGACUUCUCAAGAGUGGUUUCUGAUUCCCAAACUUUCAAAUUCCAAGUUUUUGCAGCGGAAGCAGUGCAAUUCUCUGCACGAAAAGUUCCGAUUCGCCAAGAAUUUCACAAGUUUCGCGGACGACGUCACCUCGUCCACUGCCACGUCAUCAAAUCGAAAGAAACGGGCGGCGAAGCGGAACAAACGGGAAGUGCGCAAGAAUUCGAACACGAAAGCGACCGAGUGCCGGAACGCCGCCAAACUCUGGCACAAACAGUGUUCCGCGCUGGCCAAGUGCUGUCCGCUGACUGACGAGUACGUGUUUUUUCUGGGGAAAAGUGUAAUAGCUGAACAGAACAGUGUAGUGGCUGGGAAAAGCCCUAAACGGGAACACAUUCAAUAGAUAUUGUAGAUAUAUUUUUACAGGUGCAAACAAUCGACACUAGGAAUAAUGGAUCAAAUCUACGAAGGCCGCCACAAGCUCCAAGAAAUGCAUGUCAAUAAUUGUGUCUAA